UUCAUGUUCGCCCAUUUGAUUAUUGGACAGUGCGUGCUCUUGCUGGGCACCUUGUCUCUUCAUACUGUUCUUCCUCUUCCUGCUUCCUGGCUCCCUCCUGAUGUACUUCCUUUGCUGCAGCUUGACUCCAGAGGCAGGCGCAGUUCAUUUAUAAGGCACCUCAUGUGCCAUUCUCUUCGCACCCAUACCGCACCGGUCUGGCGUUGCUACACACUUCCGCCCAUUCGGGGAUGCCCUGCCUCAGAUAUCUCACAGCAGCUUUGGCAUUAGUGGACGCCCAAGCUGUGAAGCUAAGCACCGACUAUUCAGUCGGGUCGACAUGGCCCGCAGUCUCAGGGAAAACUGAGGCAGCAGACAGCAAGAAGAGCGUGGACGUUGACCAUGAGUGGUUUCAGGGAGUCAGCACGUCUGGUGGCAUUACGUGUAAGAUGAAAGAUCAAUGUGUUGUUGGCUCCGGCUUGGGCGAUUGCAAAGUGAUGGUGGACCCGACCAUGGCGAUUCCGUUGAGCAGCACCGACUCGGGACAUGCUUGCGACUUCGAGUUCAACCAUGAUUUGAAAUACAGCAGGGCAGCCCGGAACACCACGCCAACAGCGGAUAUUACGAUCACCGGGUAUGAAUCGUCGUCGCAUUGGAACCUGUGUUGGACGAGAGAUACUAUGGAAGCCGAUCGCCGAGCAUUGCGUGGAGCCGUUGUGGAAGAUUAUUGUUACUACGUCAGCGGCCUCUGUUUUCUAUGGGCGUCUCCGUGCUCAGGAGGGUGUUCCAAACUUCGUGAGUUUUCCGAAUAUAAAUGGUUCUGCCCUGGGUUGCGCUACGCCACUCCAGUGGAGUUCUCGACUGCUCUGCCCACGUUGAACGCUAACAGAAAAGACUUUUACAGCAAAUGCGCCUCUGAGCAACUGGAUCCACAGUGGAGCUUUUGCGACUACGCGAACGAGUUCGUGCGAGUGGAGGACGAUAGCUGGAACGAGUUGGUCUUGGUGUGCGACGGUGAGCCACAGCGGACCCAGGCUCCCGGGGGUCGGAAUCGUCUCAUCUAACGACGGGAUUCAGAGCCAUAGUGCUAAUUUUACCAACUACAGCUCCCCGAAUCCACCACACCGCUGCAUGGCGCCACGUCCGGACGAGUGGCAAAAUGGGGCAACGUCGGGUCAUCCAGUGCCCUUGCCGCCCGUGUGCGCCACCGCGCUUGUGGACGUUGCGCAGCAGCGCUCGGCGUGGCACCUGCGGCUUCACGAGGCUGUUGCGCUGCUCGUCUGGUGUCGCUCGGGGCCACAGACUCUGGCACUCCGACCUCUCUGCACCAAAUCGUUGACACCUAGACUCGAUCCCUAGGGGGAGGGGUGCUGCACGGCUGUGGAUCUCUCUUGCGGGUCGCCGCUGGGGGUCGGAGGAUACCGUUGACACGACGAGUUCGGAUUCCCGCGAAGGUGCGGGGCGUCGCCACGACGGCCCAAUCCUCCCUUCUUCUUGGGAGGAAGAAAUGGCGCUGCCGCUGCCUGUCUCUCGUCGCCACGUCUGGAUUCGCCUCAAGAUCCC